CAUCUGCCAAACCCCCAACCAACCCAAUGUCAAAAGCACUCUGGAAGGGCCUAGCAUCGGUCGACCCCCCUUCUUCUCCUAGGUUGAUUAACAGCGACGCCAUUUUCUGUGUGGAGGUAGUGAGGAGAUUUCUUCCAUCGGCGCCGGAUCAGGCAUGGAGGUAGCAGGCAUGGAGUUCCUUCUGGACACCGUCGACAGGUUCCCCUUGCUGGAGGAAUUCGCCGACAGUGUUGAGCAGCCGGAUCCAGUUCCCCUGGCACGGAUGGAAGCAAACGAGCCAAGUUACGCUGGUAGCGCUGUCUCAAAAGAUGAUUCUGGUUGUGCCCAACAGAUUGGUGAAGUUGAGGUGGACAGGAAUGCACCUGCUGCUCGCGGGCGUGCGGCCACAUCUCCAACUCGGUCAGCGCAGUCCACUGGCAGGGUGAACCCCGAAGCCCCCGGGUGGACAAAGAGGUUAAGGCUGGGGAGUGCGCCACCGGACAGGACACCAUGUCCCAGCCGUAUGAGCGCGCUUGAGGAGUCGAUGCGCAAGUAUGCUGAAGAACCCAGGAAAAAUGUGGUGCAGCCGUCGUUGGGUCUGACCUUUGAUUCAGUCGGUGAAGCAUACGACUUUUACAAUUUGUAUUCCUGGGAAACGGUUUCGGCAUUAGAUAUGGAAAGAGCCGGCUUAACGUUGAGAGGACAAAGUGUAUGCAAGAAAUUGUGUGCGGUUGCUCGGGGAAGCCAGAAGCAGAAAAUAGUAGGUCCUGUAGGUGUGAGUGUCCUGCUUUGAUCAGAUUGUUGAGAGCUGCGGACAACAGCUGGUACAUUACAGAACACAGAGAGAGCCAUAAUCAUUCGAUGUCGUUGACAAUGGGUGAGAAAGUUCACUGGCCGUCGCACAAGCACAUUGAUGUGUACACCAAGGAUCUCAUAAAGCAACUGCGGGAGAACAAUGUUAACCUUGGCAAGGUGUACAACAUAAUUGGAAGUUUCUUCGGGUCGGUUGAUAAGGUUCCAUUCACAAAGAGGACCCUCAGGAACAUUUGUGGGAAGAUCAGUCGGGAGCAGGCUGAUGAUGAUGUUAGGAAGACACUUUAAGUUUUCACUGACAUACAGGCUGGAGACCCUAGUUUCACUUACAGAGUGCUAGCUGAUGAUACAAGCAAAGUGAAGAACCUGAUGUGGGCAAACGGGAGCAGCCGUAUGCAGUACCGUCUUUUUGGAGAUGUUGUCACCUUCGACACCACAUAUAGGACAAACUUGUACGACAUGCCUUUUGGAUUAUUUGUUGGGGUAAACAAUCAUUUUCAGAGCAUCAUCCUGGCUGGGGUGCUGAUGCGCGAUGAGCAGCAAGAGAGCUUCGAAUGGGUUUUUGCCGAGUUUCUUCGUAUGAUGGGAGGACCGGCCCCAAAAACUAUCUUGACAGUGCAGAGCUAUGAAACUAGCAAUCAACAAGGUGUAUCCAGAUACAGUUCAUAGGUGGUGCAAGUGGCACGUACUAAAGAAGGCAAAAGAGAGCCUGGGUCCUUUAUACACCAAAAAAAUGACUUCCAGGCUGAUUUCCACAAAGUAGUGAACCACAUGUUAACCGAAGAUGAGUUCGAGACGGCGUGGGGCAUGUUACUGGAUAAAUACAAUUUGCGGAAUCAUGCAUACAUGACACAGAUUUAUGAGAUUCGUAAAAAGUGGGCAAAAUCAUAUUUCAGAGGUGUUUUCUGUGCCAAGAUGACAAGCACGCAACGGAGCGAGAGUGCUAAUCACAUGUUGAAGAUGUACAUGCCCCCAGCGAGCCCCAUGCAUGUGUUUGUGCGGCAGUACAUGAGACUUCAAUUCGACCGGGAGCGUGAAGAGGGCUACAAGGAGAAAAGAACUAUGAUUGCAAGACAUCAGUUUACCUUUUUCAUUGCUGACCCGACCGUACGUCAAAACUAACAUUUGAGAAUGAUAUUCUUUUGUGUACAACUUUGUGGCACUUUUUGCAGGGAGGUGCAGUAAGAAGAACAAAUUUGGCUAUGGAGAGGCACACCAGUAAAAUAUAUACCAGAUCCAUGUUUGAGGAGUUUGGAAGGUUGCUGAUGGAAGCCAUAGCCUAUAACGUAACGGAGAUAGAUAAGAUGAAGAAAUAUGUAGCAACCCACAAUAAUGCGGCGAAAAGAGAGAGAUGGAGCAGAGUUGUUUAUGAGGUUACCAUCAGUGAUGAUCAGAAGGUGUUUUGCUGUGAGUGUGGUCAGUUUGAACACACAGGUUUGCUGUGCAGCCACAUUCUAAGGGUUAUGGAAAUACUUCACCUUGAGGAGAUCCCAGAAAAAGAUAUUGUGAAACGGUGGACGAAGGACGCAAGGGACAUUCUUCCUAGCCAUCUGCAGCAGUACCAAAAGGACAAAUGGAGCAACACAUCAUUCACAUGGAGGCAUUCAACACUGUACUUGAAAGCUAUGGAAGUCGUUCGCAUGGGGGAUGCUAGUGCAGAAUCAUUUGACUUCAUGCUAGGUGGGCUGGAUGAUCUGCUGGUGCGUGGAGCACCUAUUGCAGAAAAGAGGGAUGGAAUGGGUUUUGAGGAUCGCAUCACGACAUUGGACCCUCUGAGACACACUAGAAAUGGAGAGGUUGCUUUCGUGGUCGGGACAGUUGCCGAUAAAGAGAAUAGCAUGGCACAUUCGGUGAGCGUGAAUGACUUGCAAGGGCUAGCUCCACCCGGUAAGCAAAGGGGGGUCGGAAGGCCAACAAAUAGCAGGGAGAAGGCACCGUACAAAGGACUGAGUAGACGUACACGCUUCUGCAGCAUUUGCAGGAGGGAAGGACACAAGAGAACUACAUGUCUUGACAGAGGGGAUGCACCGAAAAAGCCGAGGAAACCUGGUCAAUGCAAGAACUACGGAAUCGAAGGUCACCGCCGCAACACGUGGACUAGGCCAUUGGGCUUUGGUGCAAACUAGUUUUCGACAUUCAUACUUUAUGGUUUCCCAUUUCGAUUUACUAGGCUUUGCGACAGCCAUGGUUAGCACUUGCAUGGUUUUCGUAGUUGCAUGCAGAAAAAGAUAAUGUAGUCUCAGCUGAGCAUCCAAGCUCUUCCCCAAUGUAAUAAGAUAUAAUGUGCUGGAUGUGUGUGAGGAUUUUCAUUGUUCGUGAGGUGUAAAACUGAACUGUUUAGUCAACUAUCAGCAUAAAAACAAAAUUGUCUCUUGGUUUUUAGUAGGAGUGCAUCCGAGUAAA